AUGAUGGACCGAUCACGGCUUCUGCGGGCGGCGGAGUUCAAGCAGAAGUCCCGCUGGUCAAGCGUGUGGCCCAACAUGCACUACGGCGCGAUGUUCCUCAACUACAGCGUCGGCAGAAAACUGCCAAUGAAGGGCGUCAACUGGGUCACGCGGGACUCCAACCGCUUGGUGAACUUUACGAAUCGAUACAGCGCCGUCAUUGCUGACAUUGACGUCACGCGGACGGAAGAGGAGCUGGGCAUCAAUCUUAACGACAUUCGUUGGAAUGAUCACCGCCGUAUUUACUGGAAAUGUUCCUUCUGCGGCUCACAAUAUCGCAAGAACGUCUCUGUGCGCACCAAAUUUCAUGCCGGUUGCGGCAUGUGCAAGCGCCGAUUCCCCUCUGAGGUUCUUGACGAACAGCACGCAAGCCCCCCACUAAUGGAGAUUGCUCCAGAGUUGCUGCAGCAGCUCAUGGAGAGCGACAAGAAGGAAAAUCUAGGGUCCCUUGCACACACCAGCAAGUUCAACGCAGAAUGGAUAUGCCAAAGCUGCGGGGGACCGUACCGUGCAACGAUUCGAAGCCGCACCGGUGCGGUGGAGCAAGGGCAGUGCCCCCUACACCCGGACGCAACCGCGUGGUCGGCGUACUGUCCGUCGUGCUCAUGGAAGCCGAACAUGGCCCCUGUUGCAGAGGAGGUGAGUCGCACAGGUCAGUUUCUUGGGUUAGAGUAUUCUACAAAGGAGACGCAGCAGCAGCAACAUUCACGUAUUCCGCGCAGGAAAAAGUUGGUUUGCUGA